CAAUAGGUGCUGCGUCACGUCGGGCUUUUCCCUGUGACGUCAGGCCUCUGCUCGGAGUAGCCGGAGCCGGUUGGAUCAAUGCAGUUGAAUGCGGACAGUCUUCACAACAUUAUGCGGGUUUUGAGCGCGGUUACCGACAGGAAUCCCGCAGUUCAAAUUUAAGGGAGGACCCAGUUUUGAUUACUUACGCUGGGGUGACGGUCUGCAGUGGAAACCGAGGAGAUUAAUGAUAACCCAGACAGACAGACAGACGGCUGCACCCGUACAGCAGGAUUUAAAGGCAGUCUGAGAGAAGGGCCGGACGCAGUUUCAACAGGGAGUCGAGAGCUCCUCACAGCAGCCAGGAUCCCUUUCAUCGACUGGAACCAGAGACAGAGCAUCGAGAACAAGAGAAACAAGGAGAGCUACCCAAGGAUUACCCUGGGGAUUAUAUUUCUACAAGACAGACGAGAGAGAGACGAGAGUCUGUUUCCUGUACUGCUGCUCUUCGAACACGAUCAUCUGACACAGCCAAGAGAGAUCAAGUUAGAGAACAAGCGGUCUCCCUCUCCCUCUCCCUCUCCCUCUCCCUCUGCUGUGGACGUUGAUGGAAACAGUUUUAAGAGUCGGGAAUGUGGCGUUGCUGUUUUUUUGUUUUAGAAGCAGAGGAGCACAAGAACCAAUCCUGAUCUGGCUGUGAGUGUCCCUGGCUGGCCUUGCUUUCUCUUCUCUUUCUCUUUCUCUUUCACUUUGAGCUGUUUUUAAAUUUUUUUCUCAUUGCUGAAGAGAUUCUGAGAAACACAGAGGAAGACGUAAGCAGAUACAGAAAGCGAGACAGCAAUUUUUUUUUUGUUUCUUUUUUUUAAACAGCAAAUAAGUAAUGAGAAGGGAAUCGUCAUUUUAAUCUAUUUAACCAAAAAAAAAAAAAAAAUUCCUUUGCAAAACCUGUUUGGAUUUAUCAGAAUAAAGACAGUCAAUAAUAAUAAUAAUCAAUAAUAGAUCCAUCCAUCAUGGGUUCGGAGAAUGACUCUGGCUCCCCCCACUCCUCCGUCAGCGGCGCUCCCAAUCCCAAUCCCAAUCCUAAAUGCCGGAGCAGCAAGCGCAGACGCAUCUCCUUCCAGAACCUGUUCAACGGGAAGUCCCGCUCUCGAUCCAAACAGGCCCAGUCCCAGCAGCAGCAGCAGCCCUCCACCCCACUCCAGGACCCCCUCUCCACUGGGGGGGCCGGUGCCAGCCUCGCCAGCCUGUCUGACAGCGGGGUGCUGCAGACGGGAGAGGGGGUCUCCGACAGCGGGGUGCAGACAGGAGAGAGGAUCUCCGACAGCGGGGUGCUGCAGACGGGAGAGGGGGUCUCCGACAGCGAACUACUGCAGACUGGAGAGGGGGUCUCUGACAGCGCGGUGCUGCAGACGGGAGAGAGGGUCUCCGACAGCGCGGUGCUGCAGACAGGAGAGGGAGUCUCCGACAGCGGGCUGCUGCAGACUGGAGAGGGGGUCUCUGACAGCGCGGUGCUGCAGACGGGAGAGGGGGACUCUGACAGCCGCACCACGCUGGACUCGGGGGCUGGUGAGCGCCGCGGCUCCGGCUCCAGUUCUGGUUCCGGCUCGGCCCUGCUGGAGUGCCCCCUGUGCCUGGUCCGGCAGCCCCAGGACCGGGUCCCGGAGAUCAUGACCUGCAGCCACCGCUCCUGCCUGGGCUGCCUGAGGCAGUACCUGCGCAUCGAGAUCACGGAGAGCCGCGUCAACAUCAGCUGCCCCGAGUGUGCCGAGCGGCUCAACCCCCACGACAUCCGUCUGAUCCUGUCCGACCCGGCGCUCAUGGGCAAGUACGAGGAGUUCAUGCUGCGCCGCUACCUCGCCGCCAACCCCGACUGCCGCUGGUGCCCCGCGCCCGACUGCGGGUUUGCGGUGAUUGCCUACGGCUGUGCCAGCUGCCCCAAGCUCUCAUGCGGCCGGGAGGGCUGUGGCACGGAGUUCUGCUACCACUGCAAGCAGGUGUGGCAUCCGAACCAGACCUGCGACUCGGCACGGCAGCAACGAGCGCUCAGCCUGAGAGGCAGGACCAAGCACUCCUCGGGGGUCAGCCACGGACCGGACAGCGGGGCAGCAGAUGACAUCAAGCCGUGCCCUCGCUGCAGCGCUUACAUCAUCAAGAUGAACGACGGCAGCUGCAAUCACAUGACCUGCGCGGUGUGUGGCUGUGAGUUCUGCUGGCUGUGCAUGAAGGAGAUCUCAGACCUGCACUACCUGAGCCCCUCCGGCUGCACGUUCUGGGGCAGGAAGCCGUGGAGCCGGAAGAAGAAGAUCCUGUGGCAGCUGGGCACGUUGAUCGGAGCUCCGGUGGGCAUCACGCUGAUCGCUGGCAUCGCCGUGCCCGCCAUGAUCAUCGGCAUGCCGGUGUACGUGGGCAAGAAGAUUCACAACCACUACGAGGGCAAGAAGACUUCGAAGCACAAGCGGAACCUGGCGAUCACGGGGGGCGUGGUCCUGUCUGUCAUCGCCUCACCUGUUGUUGCAGCUGUCAGCGUGGGUAUCGGGGUCCCCAUCAUGCUGGCCUACGUUUACGGGGUGGUCCCGAUCUCGCUGUGUCGCAGAGGGGGGUGUGGUGUCAGCAGAGCCAACGGGAAGGGGGUCAAGAUUGAAUUCGACGAGGACGACGGGCCGAUCACGGUGGCAGACGCCUGGCGUGCUCUGAAGAGCCCCAGUCUGGGGGAGAGCAGUCUGGAGGGGUUGACCAGCGGCCUAAGCGCCAGCGGGAGCCCCAGCGAUGGGCUGAGCGUGGCCCCCGGGGGCCUGGGGGAGGUGGGCAGCUUCGCAGCGCUGUCAGGGGGGGCGCUGGGCUCUGGCAAGGGCAAAUACAGCAGGCUGGAGGUCCAGGCUGACUUCCUCAAGGAGUCUUUCUACAAGGACACUGUGAGCCUGGGCACCGUGAGCGACAACGCCAGCACCACAGCCAUGGCAGGGUCCAUCAUCAGCUCCUACAACCCGCAGGACAAGGAGUGCGCAAACCUGGAGAUCCAGGUGGACAUCGAGACGAAGCCUCGACGGCUGCGCCUGGCCAGCGGGGGCAGCGUGGAGGAGCUGCUGCAGAGCCACGCCACGGAGCUGGCAGAGGGGCCUGAAGACAGCAGCUCCAGGAAAGGCCACGGCACCGACGUGACGCUGGCUCAGUCUGAGAGCAUCCGAAGCGACCUGGAGGCGUCGGACACGCAGUCAGAGGGGCUCCCCGAACUGCCCUCCGAGGAGAGCGCAGACCCCCCACACGCCUGAGCCAAUUAAAACAGAGUACUGAGAAUACUAGCACUGAGACCGCCUCGAGCCCUUCUUAUUGUGUACUGCGGGGCGGGGAGCACAAAGCACACCUCUUUAGCACGCUCUCUCUCUCUCUGUCCAUAACUUCAAAGCGCUCAGGCAGAAGGUAUAACUACUGUAUAAGAAACUAGAAAAGUCAUGUUGACAGAGGUUUCAGCCAGUGCCUUUAUCACCGCACUGCACAAGUGCUGGGGUGGCUGUUUGUGUUAUUACCUUUGCUUCUGUGUUUGAUUUAAUACCAGUUUUAUUUUUUCGGGGUGGGGGAAAAGUGUGGCAGGAGGUAUUUUUGUUGUUGUUAUUAAAGUUAAUGUAGACAGUUUAGUUUAGGUAUUUUUUUUCCUGUGUUUUCUGCUUUGAUAUCAAGUAUCAGACUCAACUGAUGAGUGAAACCGAGAAAGGGGGGAAAAAAAUAUUUAAAAAAAACAGACACGCCACCAGCCCACGCAAUUCUUAAAUGAACGCUUCUUGAAUGAUUUAGUUUUUCUAUUUCUCAAUCAGCCCGCGUAACAAUGGUAUUAAGUGUGUGCGAGUCCUGCCCUGCCCUGUAUUAACCAGCACGCUCAGAGGCAGGCUGCACAGCUGGGUUAGGAAUGUGUAUAAACCUCAACACGGCUCAAUGCUCCUCCCCUUUCAAGCUUGUAUAGAUAUUUUUUUUUAUUUAAUGCACACUGCUGCACAACAAUGGCCAAAUAUUUAAACUGCAUUGUUGUGUUUGUUUUUGUCUUAGUGCACACCUCCUGAUGGUGAUAAUGAAUAUAGUGUUUAAAAAUGUUUGUUUUUUUUCCUAAAAGGGAAAGCCAGUUCUGACCCCACCAGUGUGUGUGUGUGUGUGUACAGUAUCCCACUGUCCCCAGUUCACAUGCUCGACACAGUAUUAAGCUGACGUAACAAAGCGUUUUUUGUUUUUUAAACGGCCUCACACACACAGCAGAAGCCCUGUGCUUGCAGAUGUAAGCAUGGGAAGGAGUGUGAUUUCAGGUGGAGAGACCGGGGCAGGCUACACUGUUUGAAUGACUGACUGUGUCAGACUCUUACCACCCUUUUGAAUGAAGGACUGCACUGAAUGUAUUUCCAUACGAGACUCCUUUGAAAAAAAAAAUUAAAACAAAAAGCAAAGACAUGUUUGUAAAAUAAAUGUUGAUAAAAGUAUAAAUAUAUAAAUAUAUAUAUA